GAUCUCUGCCGUUUGUUUCUACAGGAACUGCUGAAUCCCCCCCGAGAUCGAAGUUCAGAGGUGUUUCCUGUGGAUAAGUCAUCCGUAACAAUCCUGCAGCCGGAUGUCUCGCCACAUGCUGCCCGGCUCCGCACGGAGAUGCAAUUCCAUUAAAGCAAACACACCAUGGCAGAACAGGAGCCGACACCAGAGCAGCUGGAGGCGCUGGCAGCGGCCAACAAGGAGAGCGAGAGCAGCGUCAACUACAAGCCUCCGGCCCAGAAGAGCCUCCAGGAGAUCCAGCAGCUGGACGAGGAGGACGAGAGCCUGCGCAAGUACAAGGAGGCGCUGCUGGGCAAGGUGGCCACCGUGGCAGAUCCCAGCGCCCCGAACGUGGAGGUGACCCGCAUGACUCUGGUUUGUGAGACGGCUCCACAGCCGCUGGUCCUGGACCUGAAGGGAGACCUGGACAACUUGAGGAAGAACCCGUUUGUGCUGAAAGAGGGAAUCGAAUACCGGAUCAAAAUCAACUUCAAGGUCAACAAGGACAUCGUGUCGGGCCUGAAGUACACCCAGCAGACAUUCAGGAAAGGAAUCAAACUGACUCCGUUGGUGACGAGCCGGUUCCUAACGACUCCAUCUCUCCUGCACAGUGGACAAGUCGGACUACAUGGUGGGCAGCUACGGGCCCAAAGCGGACGAGGAGUACGAGUUCCUGACCACCGUGGAGGAGUCCCCCAAGGGGAUGCUGGCCCGCGGCACCUACAACAUCAAGUCCAAGUUCACCGACGACGACGAGCACGACCACCUCUCCUGGGACUGGAGCCUCACCAUCAAGAAGGACUGGACGGCCUGAUUGCCCCCCGCCCCCCCCCCUCUUCCCGUCUGGAUCACGUAUCCGUUGAAGCCUUUCGCUCUCCGUCCAUCGGCGACCCUCUUCCAGCUCCCUUUCUUCCUCUUCUUCUAAAUUCCAAUCACUUCCUCCAUUCCUCCCGCCGCAGCGCGUUCGCUCGUUGGCCCUUCUUACGCAUCGAAUCUUAAAAAAAAAAAAAAAAGGAGAGAAAGCAACAAUGUGCCCAAUCCAGAUUUUGUGGUUAUGGUUUGUUUUUAUGAAAGUAAAAAAAAUCUAUAGUCUGUAAACUGCUUUUGGGAAAAGUGAUAAACUGAUUCACCCUGCCCGUCAA